CAGAACGAUAUGAGCGCAAUGACAUCUGCACAGUUCGCCUUCUAUCUGACAUGUUUGUGCUUAGGAAAAAUGGCUCUGACGAAAGACCUCAAAUUCUCCUUUUCUGUUCAUCAAGAAAGACGUUUCAUAACAGUUAACAGAGGGGACAGAGUGACUCUGACUUGUUUCUAUGAAGGAGAUGUUGCUGCGAGGUUUUACUGGUACAAGCUGACUUUGGGACAGAAACCAAAGCUUAUUUCUACUCUUUACAAGUUUGACACCAACGCCACCUUUAGUGAUGAAUUCAAGAGUGAUCGACGAUUCACAGCUGAUGCUGAAAAAGGAAAAAUCUACUUAAAGAUAACAGAUCUGGACAUAUCAGACUCUGCUACAUACUAUUGUGCAAGUAGCUAUUCAUUUAAGUUUGAAUUUGGAGAGGGCACUAUCAUCAACAUAAGAGGUUCAGAGUUGGAUAUCCCAACUUUAGUGCAGCAGUCAGCAUCUGAGACCAUCCAGCCAGGAGGCUCUGUGACUCUGAACUGUACAGUACACACUGGGACCUGUGAUGAAGAACACAGUGUUUACUGGUUCAAAGACUCUGAAGAGUCUUUCCCAAGAAUCAUUUACACUCAUGGAGGCAGGAAUGAUCAGUGUGAGAGGAAACCCAACACACAGACACACACAUGUGGGUACAACCUGCCAGUGAAUAGCCUGGAUACGUCUCAUGCUGGGACCUACUACUGUGCCGUGGCUUCAUGUGGACACAUACUGUUUGGAAACAGGACCAAGCUCGACUUUAAGGAUGAUGGGAAUGCUGUGUACUUCUUCAGUGGAGCUUUGGCAUUCACUGCAUUUCUGAAUGUUUUAAUGGCUUUCUUAUUGUAUAUGGCCCACAAAAGAAAUGGCACCAAAUGCACAGAGUCUCAUUCAAGAAUUUCCCCGCCUUCAACAAAUGCAGAGGUCAAGCAAAAUGAAGAAAACCUUCAUUAUGCAGCUUUAAGGCACCACAAGGCUGACAGACCAAGAAGACAGAGAAACAACAGCAAGGCUGAAUGUGUCUACUCAAGUAUAAAGCAGUAGAAAUCAGUGUGUGUUUUUAUGUAUUAUAGUUAUCUUGGUACAUUUUUAUACUUAUUCUUUAGCAUUUAAAGGCUUUGAAAAAAUAUACUAAGACACUGACACAAUGUAAGCAUUGCAGUUCUGUAACUUCAUGUUUAUUUUUUUCGCCAAAUAAAACACUUUUUACUGUGUGUGCUGGAAUUCAACCUUUGAAGCAUUUGUAUGAGAUGGUAUCUGUUGGAAGUUGUUGCUUUCCUGAGUGUUUUUUCUUUCUAUAACACGAU